CCCACUCCCUCCUCCCUACUUUAAUGCUAGCUAAGAUGGUGGUGAGAGCGUAAAUUGUCUCCACAGUACCAAGAAAAGAAAGGGGCAAACCAUCUUUAUAGCCUUUUAUUCACAACAGAACAACACAACUACGGUUAUCUUAAGUGACCGGUUAUAGCAAUUUUGACAUUUCAGAUACAUUGGCUCGCAGUCCCCGCCCAAUUUGGUGUGACUCCCUCGGAGUGGAAUCCUAAGCUAAAUACGGACAGGCACAAUGUAGCACAUCUGCGCCACAAACUACAGCCUCCAAAAGGACCAUGCAGUUGAGUCAACUCCUCCCUAAAAGCCCUGUGCUCUGUGACCCGCCUCAACACUCACCUUCGCCGCGCCAUAGGAUGUCCAACAGCCCUGAAUUGAAGGACGACCCCAUGGAGUGCCCUCUGUGCAUGGAACCGCUGGAGAUUGAUGACGUCAACUUCUUCCCCUGCACUUGUGGCUAUCAGAUCUGUCGCUUCUGUUGGCAUCGCAUCCGCACAGACGAGAACGGCCUGUGCCCCGCCUGCAGAAAGCCGUACCCAGAGGACCCUGCUGUGUACAAGCCUCUGUCACAGGAGGAGAUCCAAAGGAUAAAGAACGAAAAGAAGCAGAAACAGAAUGAGAAGAAGCAGAAGGUGACAGAAAACCGAAAGCAUCUGGCCAGUGUCAGAGUGGUCCAGAGAAACCUGGUGUUUGUGGUGGGGCUCUCGCAGCGACUCGCCGACCCAGAGGUCUUAAAACGACCCGAAUAUUUUGGGAGGUUUGGGAAAAUCCAUAAAGUGGUCAUCAACAAUAGCACAUCCUACGCGGGUUCACAGGGGCCCAGUGCCAGCGCUUAUGUCACUUACAUCCGCUCUGAAGAUGCUUUAAGAGCAAUACAGUGUGUGAACAAUGUGGUUGUUGAUGGAAGAACUCUCAAGGCUUCUUUAGGCACAACAAAGUACUGCAGUUACUUCCUUAAAAGUAUGCAGUGUCCCAAACCUGAUUGUAUGUAUCUACAUGAGCUGGGGGACGAAGCAGCUAGCUUUACUAAAGAGGAGAUGCAGGCGGGCAAACAUCAAGAGUAUGAGCAGAAACUCCUCCAAGACCUCUAUAAAAUUAACCCUAGCUUUCUACAACCUCCAACAUGUGGAACAGAGAAGUUAAAGAGUAAAUCCAACUCCACACAAAGCAGAACCAACGGUAGCAAUGGUAAAGAUGGGUGGCCAACGCUGUCAGGACACAACAAACUGGCCAACGGGCUUUCAGAGGACCGCAAGUCUCCUCCGCUGCUAGACUAUCUAGACCAAGAAGUUCUUACUUCAGAUGGGCUAGAAACAGACCUGGGUCCUGGUCAGCGUACUGUGCUGUCUCCUUUCUCCUCUAACUGUGACAGUAACAGUCCCAGUGAUAAACCUCCAGAUUCCCUUGGUAUGGUGAAUGGAGAGACUUUACAACAGAUCCCCACCAGUGACUCCCCAUCUCCCCCCCCGGGUUUAAGCAAGCCCAGCUUGGUGGUGCCUAUCAGCAUGUCAGACCUCACAGCCCGUUCACCCUUCGAGGGAGCGGCGGCUGAGUCCCAGUCGCUCUUUUCAGACAACAGUAACUUCAGACAUCCUAACCCUCUCCCCGCUGGCCUGCCCCCCUUCCCCAGCUCCCCCCGCAGCAAUUCCGACUGGCCCAUGACCCCUGAACCACAGAGCCUCUUCACAUCAGACACAAUACCAGUGUCUUCUUCCACAGACUGGCAGGCGGCCUUUGGCUUCGGGUCGUCCAGCAAGCAGCAAGACGACGAUCUGGGCUUCGAUCCUUUUGACGUCACUCGCAAAGCCUUGGCCGACCUGAUAGAGAAGGAGCUGUCCGUGCAGGAUCAGAGCCCCUUGUCUCCGGGGCUCCUCUCCCAUGGUGGGAGCAACCACGGUCCCGGCCUGCCUCCUCUCAACCCAAACCCCAGCUCCUCUCACCACUUCCCCAGCGGCCUGCCGCGCCUCCCCCAGCUGCACCACAGAGCGAUCUACAGCUCCUUCAGUUUUCCCGGCAGUCAGAACAGCCAGGCCAAUCAGCAGCAGCCAUCGGCCAGACACCCCUGGAUGGGCGUCCCAACACGAAAUAACCUCACACACUUGAACCACUCAGCCAGUGCUGCCUCACACAGUAAUUCCCUGGACCUGAAUCUGCCCCCACAGCACAAUACAGGGCUGGGAGGGAUCCCCAUCUCAGAAAACAGCGGCUCUAUAGACGGCUUAAAUGUGAAAGAGUGGCAGGAUGGCCUGAGAGCUCUCCUGCCCAACAUCAAUAUCAACUUUGGGGGUCUCCCAAACUCCUCUUCCUCUUCAUCCUCCUCAUCCUCAAACAGUGUUAAUCACAUCGGUGGGCCCGUGGGGCCAGCAGGCCUCUCACACAGCCUGAGCUGGGACGGCACAGCCAGUUGGAUGGACCCUGCUAUCAUCACAGGUAGAAAUUUUUACUGAAAUGGUGAAGGAACU